AUGCCACCUUGUUCAGAAGCUCCCAUGUUGACAGACGACCUUAACUUCUCUGGUGGCGACAUCGUACUGGCCGUUCGGGACAGUAAAUACCGCGUUCACAAGGCGGUUCUCGGCAGCCGCUCGGCCAUCUUGGCAGAACUCUCCCUAUCAGCGCCACAGCAGACUUAUGGGGGCGACAAACUCCCAACUGUGCAAAUCUACGAGGACCACGCACAUUUUGCUCUCCUUUUGCAUGCAUUGUAUGAUCACGACAUAGAGAAAUACCUGGUGGAGCACCGAAGGAUUAUCGGAGAGCUCGCCUUCGGUGUUAUGGGUCUCGCGGAAAAAUACAACGUCUCUAAAGCGAAAGAAAUUCAAGCCAAAUUUCUUCCACUCAUCAAGAGCGACUGGCCCAGCACCCUCACAGGUUGGGAUUCCCUCGAACGCCAGAUCAGUCUGAAAGCAGCAGAACUCGACAACAUAGACGCACUACAUACUCUAGACAAAAUAUAUCCAGAACCGGCGUGCGUCAUCCAGUUCACUCACUCGCGUGGGUUCAGCUUGGGGUCUCCUGCCCCAUCCAUCCCAGACUAUCUACCCGCAGCAUUCUACCAUCUUGCACGCCUUCCUCCUCAUGCUGAUCCCGAUGAUAUUUCGCUACAAAUCGAGGAUUUAGCUGAGGGUCUGCGGACGGCGCGGAAAAAACUCUUGUCCAACCGAGACAUGAUUUGCCUCCUACAUGGCUUGCACCAUAUUCGGGCUGUUGCAGGGCGCAUCGCGUGCGUUGAUUUUCCGAAACGCGCUCGCGGCUUUUCUGGCGCUACCGAAGAGGAGAAAGCGGUGAUGUUGAAUUGGUGGCACACAGUUGGGGCUGAGAAACUCGUAGGCCCACAGCAACGGGAUUUAGUUGGGGGCUUAAAAUUCUUGAUCGAUGCGCUUGGGGAGGGUGGGGCUGAUUCAGACGCAUGUUCGGCGGUGCUUCGCAAAGGAAUUGCGUUGCCAUAUCGCAAAGCCAUGCGAGACUUUCUAAACAAAGAAAGAGAAGAGUUCUGGAGUUCGCUGAAGGAGUAUUUCGCUCUUUACGCCUUUUUCUCUUGAUUUUUGUAUCGAACCAUGUUUAUUUCGUUCAAAGAUUUUGGUGUUC